AUGUUUCAUUCAGUACCUGCACUUCAGUGGGCGGUACUUGUCCUCACGGACGCAUGGCAUAGUCUAACACGGCCUUUCGUAGCACGCGCACCUCCCCUUCCUCCCCCCAUCACCAUGGCUGACGAAUUCUUCGACUGCUCUCGACUUGAGCACGCCUUCGACACCCAGGAGCAAAUCGAUGUCUCCCGCGAUGACCCAGAAAGUGACGGAAACCGAGCCCCUUUCUUCAUCUGUGAUCGGCAACCGUGCCCUAAUCGUACUCCGCGGUCCAUCACUACCGACGAAGGGCGCUACGUGCCAAUCCGACGAGUCCAACACCCCCGCGGCCCGGCACUUCGAUAUGCUGGCACCUCGAGAUCCUCAUCUCGCCACGUCACUCCAGCUCCUUCCCGACCUGCGUCCCCAGGCACCCGCAUCCCCCAACCUGUCGCCAGUACAGGUCAAGCACAAGGAGAUCCCAAUCUCCCUCGAGGAAUUGAGGUCAUCGCACAGCCUACAGCGACCCCUCAAACGAUCUCCCAGUCCUCCUUGGGGUCACGGUUGGAAAGGAACCCGAAGCCUGAGCCCCGCGACAGUCCAGCGGUUACUUGGGCCAGCUCGUCGUCAGCAAUCUCGUCCUCGACUCCAGUCCCUGUCGUACGUCACCCCGCCACCAGACUUCCUCCGUCGCCUCCACCGCUGUCGUCGCCGCAAGGCCGCUCGAGCACUCGCUCCUCUCGAAGUUCGCCCGGCGGACAGUCACAACAGCCGUCUUCGCCCGCGGGCAGUCCUCCGUCCCCCUCGUCGCCGGUAAUGUCCUCACCAGCGUCCCCCCCUGAUAAGGACACUCUAAAGCUCCUCCUUCCCCUCCGAUAUGAUGGCAAAACCGUCAUCGAAUGCGACAGGUUCCUGUCGCAGCUGCGCAUCUACUGGCUGGUCAACACGUCGUUGACCACCAUUGAACUCAAGGUGCAGGUUGCACUGAGCCUGCUCGACGGUGACGCCCGCACCUGGGCUACUCCAUACUUCGCCCAACUCGUAUCUGUGCAACUCGGUGUUCUGGGAGUAACGACCCCCUUUGCAAAUGAGGCGGCCUUUGCCACGACUUUCAAAGCCCGCUUCGGCAACCUCGAUGACGAGGCAGCGGCCCAGGUAGAGCUGGCCAAACUCUGCGCGGACAAGUCGGUCCGCAAAAAACACACUGCUGCGGAGUUUUCUGCGCUGUUCAAGGGUUCGGCGGACCGUUCCGGGUACGGGGACCUGGAACUACGCGACAAGUACCUGAGCGGCAUCCCCUCCCGCGUCUACCGCAAAAUCGAGCUCGAGACGUUUACUACGUGGGAAGACGCUGACAAGCGCGCCACGGAGGUCGAGCAGAUCCUCGACAUCAGUCGGGCCCGACGGCCCGAGUUGAACAACUUCUUCUCGGCUCGAGGUCGAGGACGCAGUGGGGCACGUGGUGGUGCGCCCCAGUCACACGGAGCUUCGGCCAGCAUCAAUGCAGCCGUCGGAAAAGGAAACUUCCCUGGCACUUGUCUUGGCUGUGGGAAGCAAGGGUACCGACGCUUUGAGUGCCCCAAUUGUAAGGACAAGCCUUACACAAAACACGCCGACACACGGGCUACGGUUGCCUCGGGUUCCACCCAGGCCGCGACAAGCGCCCCCGUCACGACAUCACCCUCGGCAAGUAUAAGUGCCGCUUCAGCGAAAUCCGAGCAAUCGGAGCUGGCGGACUUAAUGGCACAGGUGAAGUCGAUGCGCGAGGAGCUCGAGCACUAUCGGGCGAUGAAGGAGGAGGGUUUUUGA